GGCAUUUUUCAUUCAAGCUGACCUUUGAGUAGAUCUUUUAUACAUCUCCGCCGCUGGUGGUUGUAACGGACAGUCGGCCAUCCAGGUAGUCAAGCUGAUCGGGGCAGAGGUAUGUUGAGAUGUUUCCAAAACAGAAUGCGAAAAAUAUGGGAUUCCUCCGAAGCGAAUAUUUGAUUCGCAAAGUGCCGUUUUCUUGGACAGCAUUAUGCGUGAGCCUCACGGGCAGGGAGUUGAUGUCGUGCCGAAUUCGCUUAGCGGUGAUUUACUCCAUAAACUCUGGCAAUGCGUGGCAAAGCUAAGAAUCAUGGUUGAGAUUGGCAAGCGUGAUUUUGUAGGCCAUGGGCACCUCAGGAUACAUGAAUUUGCUAACAAUAGAUCGUUCUUCGGUCUGGAGCUUAUGUUGUUAGCGAGGGAGAGGCCGCAGAAGAUUCAGUGGUAGAGUAUGUUAUAACGAGUCUUGGAAAGGAAAGCUGGGCUUGCAGGAGCCUUCAUUCGCACCAAAGCUGCAGAAGGUGUAUGGGCUGUGGCCUUUUCUCUGCCUUUUGAGGCCUUCGAGGACAGUCAUAUUCGUGGAACAGGGAACCUGAUCAAUUCCAGGCAGAACGCGACCAAUCAUGCACAUAUAUUCUUCAUUUCCUCGAUGGGGACGGUGAGUCGUUGGGGUCACUGGUAUGAAGGAAGCAUCCCCGAAAGGCUGGUUCAUGAUAGCCACCUUCCGCUCGAGUACGUAUACGGUGAAUCGAAACGCGUCUUGCUAUUGCAUUCUGGAGGCAGCAUCUUCUCACUUGGGCCUCAGCUGUAGCUCCAAUCGAGCCUGUCAGCUGGGCGGUCCCAUGAAGAGUGAGGGCAUUUGGAACCCACAGGAGAUUGUCCCUGC